GUUGGGCUAGACCAGAAAAAGCCCUUACAGAAAAACAAAUUAGAAAAUUACAGCGUAGAGAGGCAAGAGAAAAGGAAGGACAAGAUCUUAAAUGUUUUCCUAAGAUCGACCUUCCUUUUUCUUCCCACUUUUAUUUUCCGGAUCACGAAAUCCCAAUUGCACGAAUCAUUGGUGAAAAAGAUGAAUUUUUGGAUCCAAUUCGUGUUCAAACUAAAUGUUACAUGUGGUAUGAACCACAAAAUCAUAUGGUUAGAGUUAUUGGUGAUGAUGAGGAUAAUGCUUAUGAAGCAAUUUCACGCGUUAAAAAUCUUUACCUUAAAGUUUUCUUAGCUCGCAGCAUUCCAGUAAAGAGAGGUUGGGUUUAUCAUAUGAUCGAACAACCUCGAAUGCCUUACAAAGUUAGAAUUACAGAUCCUCCUAGUUUGUUCAUACCACCUUAUGAUAUGGUUGGCUUCUUUAAAGUUUUCGAACCUGUUAUUGAAGAAGAGCAAUCCCCUACUGACACAAAGAUUGAAAUUUUUGAGUCAGAAUUUAACGCUAAAUUUAUUGCAAUCCAUUAUUUUAAUCAACUCAAAAAUUUAGAAGAAUAUUUUUCUAAUAAUCAAGUAUGGGAUGAUUCAUCAUUUCAUGAAUUCAAGAUUCGUGCAUCACGUCGUCCCGUUAGAUUUGAUGAACAAAGAUGGACAUGCGCGUUUGACGUAUCAUUUAGGAACGGCAAAAUAGGUUUAUGGAAUGCGGUUGCUGAUGAAAAAAAUGUGUUGGAGAUUAACAUGGCUAUUUGCGAAAAACAUAAAAAGAAAUUUUUAUGGAAAGAGCAUUUUAUAAUUGAGAUUACACGAUAUGAAUAUUGGAACUGUGAAGGAAAAUUUUUAAAUGUUUCACCUGGAGUGGAAAUUCCUUUACAACGUGAACCAUCGGAAAAUGUAUCAUUCGGAAUUACGAAAUCAUGGGAAGAUGAUUUCUCUGCAAACGGUAAUUUAAAUUCAGGUGAAGUUCCUGAAUGGUAUCCUGAAGAUAUAUCAAGUGGUGUUAAGCAAAUGCUGAAUGAUAUAAAUGAAUUUUUGAAAAUUUUGCAAGAUUCUAAUGUUAUUCAACCAAAUGUAUUAAAAUGCGAGUCUUUAAAAUAG